AUGGCGCACAUAUUAAAGACACUCAACAGCUGGUUCUGGUGGGAGAAUAUCUGGAUGCCUAUCAAUGUCACGUGGGCUCAUUUUGUAGACCGUGAUGGACUUGUCUUUCCAAAACCACAUCAGUUAUAUGCCACAAUACCAUAUGCUCUUGUAUUGCUGAUUAUCCGAUUCUUCAGUGAAAGAUAUGUUGCUAUACCUCUAGCAAAAGCCUUGGGUAUAAAGAAUGUAAGACGUGUGAAGCCACAGCCUAAUCCUGUUUUAGAGAGUUAUUUCCGGGAGUGCUCAAAACAUCCAUCCCACUCAGAGAUUCAAGGCCUUGCCAAAAAGUGCAACUGUACGGUCCGUUUGGUGGAGAAAUGGUUUAGGAGACGGCGAAACCUUGAGAUCCCAACAGUGCUUCGGAAAUUCCAGGAAGCUUUCUGGCGAUUUUCAUUCUAUCUUACAUCCUCCAUCGUUGGAUUUAUAUUUCUGUACGAUAAACCUUGGUUUUACGACAUAUGGCAGACGUGGGUUGGCUAUCCGUUUCAGACUCUGCUGCCAUCCCAAUAUUGGUACUACAUGGCUGAGAUUAGUUUUUACUGGUCUCUCUUAUUUACACUUGGGAUUGACAACAAAAGGAAGGAUUUUCUGGCUCAUGUCAUUCAUCACUUGGCAGCCAUUGGGUUGAUGAGUGGCUCUUGGUGUGGCAAUUAUGUGCGUCUUGGAACGCUGGUGAUGUUUGUGCACGAUACUGCAGAUUUUUGGCUCGAGGCAGCCAAAAUGUUUAAUUAUGCUCACUGGGAGAAAACCUGCAACAUGCUCUUUAUCAUCUUUUCUAUCGCAUUCUUCAUCACGAGAAUCAUCCUGUUCCCCUUCUGGAUUCUUCGUGCCACAUUGUAUCAGCCUACAUACUACUCCACGACUCCUGUCAUAGCGUAUUUUUUAUUCAAUGGGCUGCUAUUGAUCCUUCAAGGCUUGCAUUUGUAUUGGGGUUACUUAAUUUUCAAGAUUUUGAGAAGGUUCAUUUUCUUAAAGGAUUUGAAAGAUGACCGGAGUGAUGAAGAGGAGGAAGAUUCUGUUACAGAUAACGAAGAGGAGCCCACAAAGAAUGGCAACAAGAAUGGCUGUGGGUCAAGCAAACAUCUCCUAAACAGCAGUCACCACUAGCCCCCUCCUGCCUCACCUCCUGCAGUGAUUUCUGCUCUGUUUUUUAACUCAACCUACAGGAUAGAAUUUAAGUCAAAAGGCUUAUGAGAGACUGUGAUUGAUUUAUUGUUGGCUACUGGACCUGGAAAAAAGCCCAGUUUAGAGGGGAGGGAAAAAUUGCAUAACAUGACAAAACGUGUUAAUGACCCACUUUCUGAAUCGUUGCUAAGUGUUUGGAAAGACGUUUGGACACACUGACUGUCAGUGCUCAACAAGGUCAAAGCUCAAGAGCGUCCGAUCAUUUACUGUCCCG